AUGCGGAUGCUGGUGCUCUCUGCUCUCCUAUUACUAUUGUCUCUCAAUGGAGUGAAUUCCUACAAAAUCUUGGUUUACAACAACUUAUUCGGACACAGUCACAUUAAGUUUGUAGCUGCCGUUGCUGACACUUUGACCGACGCAGGACACGAUGUGACAGUACUUAUGCCAGUGAUUGAUGAAUCCCAGAGAAACAAAACUGCUCUUAAGUCAACCACCAGACAGAUCUUCAUUGAUGCUGAUGAAGAAGUGGCCGAAAUGGUUGGAAAAACUGACGAAUUUCUCUCUAGUCUCUGGACAUCAGAAACCUCGAAUCCAAUCAAGAUGUGGUGGAAGUCGGGACAUUUGAUAAAUCUCUUCGGAAAACAGUGCAAUAAGGUCAUGAAAUCGAAGGAAAUAUUAGAUCAAUUGAGAGAUGAACAGUUCGAUAUUGCAAUCACAGAACCUUUCGAUAGUUGUGGUUACGGAAUCAUCGAGUAUCUUCAGAUUCCUGCCCAUGUUUCUGUUCUUUCCUGUGCACGAAUGGAUCAUGUCAGUGAUGCGAUUGGUCAACUCAUUGCACCAAGUUAUGUUCCAAGUACUCAAAGUGUCUAUGGCGAUAGAAUGACGAUGUACGAGAGGAUGAUGAACUUCCUGCAAUAUUUGUAUGGAAGAGAUAUGUUUUCUGCGAUUGGAGACUUUGAGGCGGAAAAUGCAAAGGCUAUUCUUGGAAUCAAAAGAACCUGGAGAGAAAUCCUACCAGAAUCAGCAUUCCUUCUGACUAACAACAUUCAAAUCCUGGAAUUUCCUGCUCCAUCUCUCGACAAAAUUGUUUCUAUUGGAGGACUUACAGUGAACACCAACAAAGAAGCUUUGAAACUUGAGCACUACUUCGAUACGAUGGUUUCUAUGAGACAGAAAAAUGUUAUCAUUUCCUUCGGGUCGGUGAUCAAAUCAAAGGAUAUGCCGGAUGAAUACAAAAAAACUCUUGUCCAGUUGUUCGAGCUGAUGCCAGAAGUCACUUUCAUUUGGAAAUACGAGGACUUGGCUGACAAGAAGCACACAUGUGGAGUUUUGAAUAUCAAUCGUGUUGAAUGGAUUCCUCAAAACGAGCUGCUCGCUGACUCUCGUGUCGAUGCGUUUAUCACUCAUGGAGGACUAGCAAGUGUCACCGAAUUAGCGAUGAUGGGGAAACCAGCACUUGUGAUUCCAAUCUUUGCUGAUCAAACCAGAAACGCUGAAAUGCUCAAACGACAUGGCGGAGUAGAAGUGCUUCACAAAACCGACCUCGCAAACGCCAAAAAACUCGAAAAAGCAUUAAGAAAACUUAUUUAUGACCCAAGCUACAAGAAAAAUGCUCAACACCUAGCUGAGAGACUUCAAAACAGACCGACUAACGCAAAGGAGGUACUUGUUCGUCAUGUCGAGUUCGCAGCAAAGUUCAAGAAGCUGCCGUUGAUGGACCCAUACGGAAGACACAUGACCUUCAUCGAGUACUACCUUCUUGACAUCAUGGCGAUCACUGCAGCAGUGGUCACCGUUGUGGUCUAUGUCGUCUUCACUGCUUUCCGUUUUGUAAUCAGAAAAUGUUGUGGUCCAAAGAAAGUCAAGUUUGAAUAA